CCACUCAGCUGUUUGGCACGCCGCAUUUUUUGUUUAUUCCGUGAAUUUCGUGAAAUUUUGAUCAUGUCGGAAGCCGAUGAAAAGUGUCAUUUCUGCCAUGUAGUGCCUUUCAAGUACAGCUGCCCCAAGUGCAAUGCGCUGUACUGCAGCGUAGCUUGCUACAAGUCCCAGACACAUCUAAAAUGCUCCGAGGAGUUCUACAAAUCCUGCAUACAGGACGAGCUAGCCGGUGCCGCUACGGCGCCCGAAAGCCAGCAGGACAUGAGGAAGAUCUACGACAUACUCAAGCGUAUGAGGGAAACGGACGCUGGCUUCAAUCCCAAAGAUUUCGACGCAGAUGGAUUGGACAACCCGUUGGGUUCUGACAAUGAGGAAGGACAAGAAGACGAUGAUGAGGAAGGACAAAAAGACGAUGAUGAGGAAGAAGCAUUUGAAGAGGAUGUGGAGGAGGACAUCGCUGCGCGGCUGAAAGGCAUAGACAUCAACGACGCCGAUGAAGUUUGGAACCGCCUUACAGAAGAAGAACAAGUCGAGUUCCAGAAGCUAAUUGCCAGUGGGGACAUCAUGAAGCUCAUGCCGGACUACAAGCCCUGGUGGGGUAAAGCGAAGAACUCCAAGAUUGUGGAAAUUCCUGCACCAGGAGAAGUAAAGAAAAUAGACGACUCCAUACCCGAAAUCCACGAGAAUAUACCAAAGUUCUCGGAUAUUUGCCAGAAGACGCCGUCGCCCUGUCUACACUACAACCUGUGGAACAUCUUGAGCGCGUAUGCGUGUGUGGCACGAUUCUACGCCGGCGAGCAUCGAACGAAUGCCAGCGAGGCUGCAGCGCAUCUAGUGAAUCUCAGCUCUACCCUGAAGUACGGCACCAACUUCGAGGACGCUGAAGAUGCCAUCAUCUCAGUGGAAAUGGAGGCCAUCACCACGGGCAACGGGCCAGCGGGCGCUGCUGCAGUGGGUAGUGCUAGCGUGGGCACAAACUUCUUUGUCGAGAGCCGAGAACAGUUGAAGCUGGAUGCCCGCCAGCUCAUGGCAACGCGGGAUCACAAACUGGCUGCCCUGAGCGACAUUCUCCGCCUGCUGCAGCAAUGCAAGGCGCUGAUCAGCCGGAAGGCUUCCCAGGAGGCUGGGUUCCAGAAACUGUUUGCCCUGGCCAGUGGCAGCGUGGAGCUGAAUCGAAGCAAAGUGUCGCAGUUGGCAAAGAAAAUCGAGUUCUUGCUCUCUUAUGUCAGUAGGGAAGAGGUCCUCUGAUAUAUUCGUCAAAAUAUACAAACAAAUACACAAAUGUACAUACA